AUGAAGGUGGUGAGAGAGCUGCUGAUGGAAACACCGGAGCUUACCAAGGACCUUUUACAGUUGCUGCAAAUGGUGGACAAUGGUGAAGUGGUUGUCAUUGGUGGUAUCGAAAACCGACGCAUUCGUUCGAAGCUGAAGGAGCUGUUCCCGUUGUUGGGGUUGCAUAAGCUACGAGAAGCCAAUGGUUCAUUUGCUAAACCACGCCAAGGCAAAGAUAAUGCAGCAGAAUGUUUGAUGGAGGUUUUCCAAAAGAUGUUAUCUAACAACACUGACGAGUCGUCAUCACUGCCAGCGGCAACUGUACUUCUUGAAGAUGAUGAUAAGACACUGUUCACGAAAGCUGCUGAACCUGCCAGAGGAAAGGCAAUGAAGCGGGAAUUGCCUAUUGGACCAGCUCUUCCUCCUGUGUUGGCAAAUAAUGACGGAAGUGAUAUCCACGACGACGAUGAUGAAGUUGUAGGUCCAGCACUUCCUGGUAUGAAGGGCUUUCGGUUAGCCGACGAGAAGGUGGAGGCUGAGAUGGCUCGUAAGGCAGAACAGUUGGAUAGAGAGCAGUGGGAGCGCGCGCGUGAGGGCAGCAAGAGGACAAUGGCUGAAGUAGAUGGUAAGAGUCCUUUGGUGCGAGAAGCGUGGAUGACGAUGAUGCCUGAAAGCUCGAUGUUGAAGGAUUCCCUUGGUCCCAAGAACCGACCUUUUCUCGGCAAAGCUGUUGCGUUUCGGAGUAAGGAACCUGCUGCUGUGGACAAAACAUGGUUUGAUUGCCCUGAAGAACGGGAGCGUGCCAAACGUGCCAAGCUCGACAUGGAGUUGCUUGGUUGCGUUCGUGAACAAAAUGUGUCGAGUACAGAUGCUAGCAGUGCAACACCCGCUAUAGCCCCGACAACAGUGAACGAGUCGAUUUUACCUCAUGCAAACCCCGAGGCAGAUGCCGAAAUGCGAAAGCAAAUGGAGAACCUACGGAGGGCACGAGGCCCAUCGCUGCUAGAGCAACACCAGCGCAAACAAGCCGAGCACACAAGAGAUGGGGUCAGCUCAACGCAAACCAGCGGUAGAUGGAACAGAGACCGGGACCUCACGGCUCGUCGAGGAAUGUCUAGGGACGAUGCGGAGCGCAUGAUAACGGUGGCAAAGCAGAUCAAUUCCAAGUUUACAUCACCGACGAUAUCACGGCAGUUUUUGUAG